AGGCGCUCCAGGGGCGCGGCCUCGGCGAGCUUCUGGGGGCGCCCUCCUAGGCGGGCAGCGCGCCAGGGAUCGGCCUCCACCCGCGCCGGGCAAGCCAAGGCUACACGUUCCCUCCGGGCGCCCCUUGAUUCUUCCCGCGCGGCGGCAGCGGAGAUUUCCUCUCGGGGAAACCACACCGCGCGGAUCCUUCCCGGGGCGCCCCGCCCCGCCCCGGCUCUCCGCCUUCUCCCCUUAGCUGGGGGGCCGGGGCUGACCAACCUCGGGGAGGAGGUGCUGGCAGCCUGGCCCUGGAGGCGGCGGGGACCGGGGAGCCGCGGGCCCCCGACGCGCUCUGCCAUGUGACGCCGCUGUCCCCUCCAGCGACCCCCCGCGCGCCCCGGGCCCGCGCCCGCGCCCCGCCGCGCCGCGCACGAUGCUCCUGCCGGGCCCAGCGCGUCCACCGCCCGCGCCCCAGCCCGCGCCGCAGCCCGGCCUCCGCCGGCAGGUAGAGCCACCCGGCCAGCUCCUGCGCCUCUUCUACUGCACCGUCCUCGUCUGCUCCAAGGAAAUCGCGGCGCUCACCGACUUCUCGGGUUACCUAACCAAACUCCUGCAAAACCACACCGCCUAUGCCUGCGACGGGGACCACUUGAAUCUGCAGUGCCCUCGGCAUUCCACCAUCAGUGUCCAAUCGGCUUUUUAUGGGCAAGGUUACCACACGUGUAGUGCCCAGCAGCCUGCCUCCCAGAGGGAAGACGGCUUAACCUGCGUGGCGCCCACCACAUUGCAGAAGGUGCUGGACGAGUGCCAGAACCAGCGGGCCUGCCACCUCCUGGUCAAUAGCCGUGUUUUUGGACCUGACCUUUGUCCAGGAAGCAGUAAAUACCUCCUGGUCUCCUUUAAAUGCCAACCUAAUGAGUUAAAAAACAAAACUGUGUGUGAAGACCAAGAGCUGAAACUGCACUGUCACGAGUCCAAGUAUCUCAACAUCUACUCAGCGACCUACGGCAGAAAGACCCAGGAGCGGGAGGUCUGUGCCUCGGAGGCGGAGUGGCUCCCCCCCUUUGACUGUCUGUCGUACUCGGCGGUGCAUGUCCUGUCCCGGAGGUGCUACGGGAAGCAGAGGUGCAAAGUCAUGGUCAACAAUCACCAUUUCAGAAGCCCCUGUCUGCCGGGAGUGAAAAAAUACCUCACUGUCACCUAUGCCUGCGUUCCCAAGAACAUUCUCACGGCGAUCGAUCCAGCCAUUGCUAAUAGUGUAAAACCUUCUUUGAAGGAGAAAGAUGGUGAACAUGUUAUAAACUUUGACCCAAGCAGACCACAUGUUCCGAGGAAAGAUGGAGUCAUUGUUAGCAACUCUCUGGCAGCCUUUGCCUACAUCAGAGCCCACCCGGAGAGAGCUGCCCUGCUGUUUGUGUCCAGUGUCUGCAUCGGGCUGGCACUCACAUUGUGUGCCUUGGUCAUCCGAGUGUCCUGCACCAAGGAUUUCCAGGAUCUGCAGCUAGUGCGGGAGCACCUGGUGCCAGAAAGUGACAAGGCCCAGGAGGAUAGUGAAGAUGAAGAGGGGGAAGAGGACUCCUCUGACUCUGAUUUACCAGGGGAACUGUCGGGGUUCUGUAGGACUUCCUAUCCUGUCUACAAUUCCAUUGAAGCUGCAGAGCUAGCAGAAAGGAUUGAGCGCAGGGAGCAAAUCAUCCAGGAAAUAUGGAUGAACAGUGGCUUGGACACUUCGCUCCCAAGAAACAUAGGCCAAUUCUACUGAAAACCAGAUGCAUCUUGAUGGCUUCACACUUUCUCAAGAGGGAAGGAUCCCAAAUGCCUCUCUGUUUCUGUUUCACUUGUACCUUCUAUGAAGGAGAAUUUGUCAUGACAUCCAAUACUGGUGAAGCCAGAGAUUUAUUAUGAAAAGGACAUUUGAAACUGUUUACAGCACGUUUUAAAAUAAAUUCAGAGGGA